AUGUCCAAGUUUUCUCUCCAAGGUCGCACCGCACUGGUGACAGGAGGCGCCCGAGGAUGCGGUCUAGCUUUUGCGCGUGGGCUAGCAGAGGCAGGAGCGAAUAUUGCUAUCUUCGAUGUCAUAGCACCGGAUGAAGCUUUCGGCUUAAUUGAAAAUGAAUUCGCUGUGAGGACCGCUUAUUACAAAGUGGAUGUUUCCUCCCAAGAAGCCCUCCAAAACGGCUUCAUCGAAUUUCAAAAAGAAUUUGACAAUGCACUGGAUAUCUGUGUUCCUUGCGCCGGAAUCAAUCGUCAUCUCCCAUUCCUAGAAUUCACCUUCAAAGACUAUCAAGACCUUCUCUCGAUCAACGUGCUCGGACUAUACUUUACAGCCCAAUUGGCAGCCAAGCAGAUGAUCGCGAAUGGGACAAAACAUGGCAGCAUUGUUCUUGUGGCCAGUAUGGCAAGUCACAUUGCCAUACGCGACCAGCUAUGCAGUGCAUACUGUGGGACAAAAGGAGCAGUUAGGUCAAUGUGUCCCGCGAUCGCAAAAGAGCUCGCAGAAUACAAUAUUCGCGUCAAUUCAAUCUCUCCAGGCUAUGUCCGGACCGAAAUGACUGCAGCUUUCCCCCAUCUUCUCGAAAGCUGGAAAUCGGAAGCGAUGAAUGGACGGGUUGCCGAGCCGGAGGAUAUUAUGGGAGCUUGUGUGUUCUUGGCUAGUGACGCGAGUUCAUACAUGACGGGGCAGGAUAUCAUUGUAGAUGGGGGAGUGAGUCAUCAUGAAGGAUAUAGCUUUGGCCCUGUUGAUGCGACUACAGUUGUAGUGGUCGGGGCAGGCCCAUCUGGUUUGAUGCUUGCGUGCAAUCUUGCUCGUUUUGGAAUUGACGUUGCUAUCCUUGACGAUCGCCCUGACAGAACCUCCACAGGCAAAGCAGAUGGCAUGCAGCCCAAGACCAUCGAAACUUUCAAGCAGAUGCGACUUGCAGAGCCCUUGCUGAAGAACGCGGCUUUCGUAUAUGACAUUUCCUUUUGGCAAUCCGCAGCAGACGAAUCACUUCACCGAACAGGUCGUCAAACGCACUACCCUGAGCAUCUUGUUGGAGCAUCCGAUCCGUAUAUCCUCCUAGCUCACCAGGGAAUGAUUGAAGAGGUUCUGAUUGAUGAUAUGGAGUCGAGAGGCGUUUCCGUGACGCGCAAUGCCCGCUUCUUAUCCUGCGCAACGGGACCAGGGCAGCUGGAGGUUUCUUACGAAGACCUGUCAACCAAUACAGUCAAAAGUAUCCGUGCAGAUUAUCUCGUUGGGUGCGAUGGUGCAAGGUCGAAAGUGCGAACCUUCAUUCCGGACGCUGAGCUCGAGGGUGAAAUGACCAACGCAUCAUGGGGCGUUCUAGAUGGUGUCAUUGAGACCGAUUUCCCCGACUUGUGGAGCAAGGUAGCAGUCCGCUCCCACACUGCUGGAUCGAUUCUCUGGAUUCCUCGAGAACGCAAUAUGACCCGGUUAUAUGUUGAGCUAAGCGCAACAGAUGGAGAAAGAGUGGAUAAAGCAAAGGCAACAACGGAGUAUGUCAUGCAACGGGCAAAGGAGGCAAUGAAGCCAUUCGAACUUGACUGGAAGACAGUAGAAUGGUUUGGGAAUUACGUGGUUGGCCAACGAGUGGCGAAACACUUCAUGGAUCCCGAUGCAAGGAUCUUUAUCGCCGGGGAUGCUGGCCAUUGUCAUUCAGCGCUCGCAGCUCAAGGUGCCAAUACCAGCAUGCACGAUAGUUUCAAUUUGGCAUGGAAACUCAACCUCGUGAUUCGUGGGCUAGUCAAGCCAUCUUUACUAUCUACAUAUGAAGAAGAGCGACGCAAGAUUGCCAAUGAUCUUAUAAGUUUUGAUACAGAGCAUUGCAAAGCAUUUGAGCAGGGGGAAGUGGCUUUGGCAAAGAAUUUCAACGACAAUAUCAGAUUCAUCUCGGGCGUGGGAGCUGAGUACUCUGUCGGCAUGUUAAGUCGUGCUAGUUGUGUAUCUAGACCACUUCAUCCUGGUGGAUUGCAAGUUCCAGCUAAGGUAACACGUUAUAUUGAUGCGAAUCCGGUGGAUAUUCAACUUGAUAUUCCUCUGCUGGGUCAAUUCCGCAUCUAUUUCUUUGUUCCAGAUGUUCCAGUCUCGUUGGAAUUCUUGAAUACUCUUUGUGGAUGGUUGUCCAAUGAGCUCAAUGCGAUGGUUAUCCAAUCAAAGCAGUCAUACAAUAAGCGACCCCGGGGAUUGGCCCUAGCAGAUGAGUUCAUGUCGCCGCAAAGAUACACCACUGUGUCCGAUAUUUUUACAUAUGCAAUGGUGACCCGGUCCACCAGGUCGGACUUUGAGAUUGCAGACUUACCGCAGCUGUUGCAAGAUAGUCGGUGGACUUUAUAUCUUGAUAUAAAUGCCACACAGAAGUGGUUUGGAGAGCUUGAGGAGAGAGUUGGAAUCGCGAUUGUGCGUCCUGAUGGAUAUUGCGGAAGCAUUGAAACAUGGGGACUGGAGUCAGCAGUUCAAGCAGGACAAUGGAUAGAAGACUACUUUGCAUUUAUGAUGUAG